AUGUCGAGCUUUGGCAACUACUUUCGCGUGACGACCGCGGGGGAGUCCCACGGCAAGUGUGUCUCCUGCAUCAUCGAGAACUGCCCGCCAGGCCUUGCCCUCACUGAGGAUGACAUCCAGCCGCAGCUCAACCGUCGACGUCCAGGCCAGUCGGCCAUUACUACCCCGCGCGACGAGAAGGACCGCGUGACGAUAGGAUCUGGAUGCGAGUUCGGGCGCACCUUGGGCUCCCCCAUAACGCUCUCAGUAAUGAACGAAGAUCAACGCCCGAAGGACUACGCAGCAAAAACGACAGAUGUCUACCCGCGUCCCUCCCACGCCGACUGGACCUAUCUCGAGAAGUACGGAAUUAAGGCCUCCUCCGGGGGCGGCCGGAGCAGCGCCCGCGAGACCAUCGCCCGCGUCGCCGCCGGCGCCGUCGCUGAGAAGUGGCUGCGCGAGGCCUACGGCGUCGAGAUUGUCGCCUUUGUGUCCUCGGUCGGCAAGAUCAAGCUCUUCGACGACAUCGACUCCCUCAGCAGCGACCCCAAGUUCCUCGAGCUCGUCGACACCCUCACCCGCGACAAGGUUGACGAGUUUCUGCCGGUGCGGUGCCCUGAUACUGCUAUUAUGAAGCGUAUGGAGGACAUGAUUGCCGAGCUCCGCGACAAGCACGACUCCAUCGGCGGCACAGUCACCUGUAUUAUCCGCGGGUGCCCGUCCGGCCUCGGCGAGCCGUGCUUUGACAAGCUUGAGGCUCUCCUCGCGCACGCCAUCAUGUCAAUUCCUGCGACCAAGGGCUUUGAAAUUGGCUCUGGCUUCCAUGGCGCCGAGAUGCGCGGAUCCGUCCACAACGACCCCUUCGUAUCCACCCCCGCCGCCGCUAAGGCUACGACACCAGGCGCUAGCGUUGGCAUCCCUCCCUCCCGCCUAUACACUAAGACGAACCACUCGGGUGGCAUCCAGGGUGGCAUCUCUAACGGCAUGCCCAUCUUCUUCCGUGUUGCGUUCAAGCCCCCCGCUACAAUCUCCCAGGACCAGACUACCGCGCGCUAUGAUGCUUCCGGUGAGGGCGUCCUAGCCGCUAAGGGCCGUCACGACCCUAAUGUUGUCCCUCGCGCAGUACCUAUCGUUGAGGCUAUGGCCGCUCUAACGAUCGCGGACGCCCUUAUGGCUCAGCAUGCGAGGCAGAUGGGUAUGAAGAUUGCUUCAGCUGGAAGGUAG